GAAAAAUGAGGCCAGCCCCCAAGAUUUGGAUGGCAAAGAAGAAGCACUAACACCCAACAAUAAAGAACUUGAUGCCAAAUAUGCAGUUGUACUACCUAGGAUGAAGAAACUCGCAAAGGCAAAGACAGCUGAAGCACAACACAUAGUUCCUUCUACCUCAAAUUUAUCAGGAGGACUCUCUGACUCCAAGGCUCAAUCCCUAAAGCUAGCAACUAAACAUGUAAUUCCUUACAAACCAGAGCCCAGUCUGUUGAAGUCCAUAAGAAAGUCAUUGCCAGAAGAAGUACUAUCAGAUGAACAUUUGGAAAAGACAAGUAGUAGGUUCCUCGAUAACUCUGAAGAAUUUUCCAUACAAACGAGGAUUACCAGAAGAGCUACCUUAAAAACACUAGAUGGAGUCAGUGUGGUGCAGGAUGCAAGAGACAAGCUAAAACCCUCUCAUAUCUAUGUAAACAAAAUUUCAGAGCAAAUGUUAGCUGAUGGACUGACACGAUCUAAGGGUGCACAUGCAGAAGUAGAAGUGGCUGACUGGACACAAAGAUCUAUGUCACAAUGCUUUUCAAAAGAAGAGAUAAAGUUAGCACUAACAGGUGGCCUUGCGUUGUGUGAAGAAGAAGCAGAUAGAGAAGUUGCCCUGUUGAUGCAUGGGAAUGGUUUAAAUAAUAUUGCCCAACCUAAGUUUUGCUGGACUGGAAACUGCCAGAUGAUUGGAGACCCUCAGGUGUGUAUUGCAUUUAAAUUGCUUUGUUCAGUAUUAAAACAUUUAAUUAUUUGUUCUGAUAACUUAAUCUCAAGGUAUUGUGAACUUAAAGAAGGUGUCAUUAAGUUGCAAAUAUCUGCAAAAAUCUUUUUGAGUUACAGACCUGGCUUCAGACAGAGAGUUUGCUUCCCCAUCAGACAGAGGAGAAACUUAGUAGGUGGAAAGUCUUUGAUGAUAAAGGCCAUGCUAGGACUCACUGUAGCAGAGGCCCUUGGGAAUCAGAAGAUCCAACCCAGGAGAUGCUUGAGACUCGGCUAAUUAACACACAGGUUAUGAUGCCUGGCAAUGAUAAAAGAGUAGAAAUGGAGGAAGUGGAAGAUCUUUCACACCUGGGAGAGAUGUCUGAAAGCUCUGUGCUAUUGAAUCUGAAAAAGAGGUUUGACCGUGACUGUAUUUACACCCACAUUGGAAACAACCUACUGUCUAUCAACCCAUUCAAGUCUCUUAACAUUUUCUGUGAGGAAAUGCGGCAGAAAUAUGAAGGCAAGGAGAAGCAUGAAAACCCACCACAUGUGUAUGCCUUAGCUGACUCGAUCUACCGACUUUCUCAGUCCUCCACACAAGACCAAUGCAUCAUUGUGAGUGGACAAAGUGGUUCUGGGAAGACUGAAGCUACUAAGCAAAUAGUCCACUAUCUCAGCUCGAUGUAUCAGGACAGAAACAACAGCCUAAGACAGCCUAUGGAAGUCUUUCCAAUCCUAGAAAGCUUUGGAAAUGCCAAGACCAUUCUGAACAACAACUCCAGCCGUUUUGGCAAGUACCUUCACAUUCACAUGCAACAUGGAGUUGUUGUAGGAACUUCACUGUCCCAAUAUCUCCUGGAGAAGUCCAGAGUUGUAUUUCAGGAUGAGUACAAUGCUGAGCAGAUCCAUUGGCAUCCAGUGCAACGUAAGAAAUUCCACUCCUGCCUGGAAUUAAUGUCCUCCAGACCAAAUGGCAUCCUCCGCAUAUUAGAUGAGCAAACAUGUCUUGCACAGGCUACUGACCAUACCUUCCUUCAGAAAUGCCACUACCACCAUGCAAGCAACCCCCUCUAUACCAAGCCCAGGGACCCAAUGCCAGUCUUCACUAUUCAUCACUAUGCUGGAGCUGUCACAUAUCAGGUGCAUAAUUUCCUCAAUAAGAAUCAAGAUCAGGUCCGAACAGAAAUUGUGGAGCUUUUUGCUAAAAGCCGGAUAAAGAUGAUUUCUGAGCUGUUCCAGAAGCUUCAGGACGACUAUAUCCAACAGAGGGAACUUGGUUGGAAGGGGAAAUGUCUUUGUCAGCCACCCCCGACUGCUGCAUCCCACUUCCUCCAGUCACUCGCUGAACUCACCACUCGUAUGGAAAGGUGCAAAACGACCAUCAUCCAUUGUCUGAAGCCAAAUUUUGCCAAGCUUCCUGGGAUCUUUGAUGUAGCCUAUGUGUCUGUUCAGCUGAGGUGUGCUGGUGUACUGGAAACAAUUCACAUGUGGAAAGAAGGGUUUCCUAUCAGGAUUCAGUACUCAUGCUUUGUUCAGAGGUAUGGGUUUCUGCUAAAUCAGCAGUCCAGCCCCUUGUCAAAGAUAGAGCUGUCAGUUACUCUACUAAAUGGGGUUCAUGCUGAGAAGGGACAGUAUCAACUGGGACGCACGAAGGUGUUUCUAAAGGAGGCUCUGUACCAGAAGUUGGAGGACAAGUGGAGCACUACUCAGACAUGGGCAGCCAUCACCAUUCAGAGGAACAUUAGGGGCUUCCUCUGUAGAAGGAAUUUUAAGUUUUUCAAACAAAAAGCAAUAAUCAUCCAGAGUCACAUCCGAGGACAUCAGGCUAGGAAGUACUACAAACGUUUGAGGCAGUCCUUCUCCCAGCUUUGGGCUGUGAUGCUAAUAACUAGGAACACGAUUAAGAGACACCAUUGGAAAAAGGAACUUCACAAGAAGAACAUAGUUAAAACAGCUAGAAAGAUCAAGCUCAUCUCAUCAGUGAUGGACACCGGGAUGUUAGAGAUACCUGCUGAGCUUUCCGCCAGACUCCGCAAUACAGCAGGUGGCCAGCAUGGAUCACAAAUUACAGAAGUUCCACCUCCACAGGUUAAGGCACAACAUAGCCUUACCCUUCCACAAGACAUUGACAGAUAUCCAUUCUCUCGCUUUGCCAAGUCUACAUUAAAGGAUACAUGGUGCCAGCCUCAAGGAUACCCACUCCAGAGACCCCUCAUGCCUUUGGAACCUGAAUAUACCAGAAUGGCCUUAGAGAUAAACAAACUUAUCUUACGGUUUUUAUCUGAAUCAGAUAUUAGCAGCUGGCAGGAGCAGAUGUUAGGUAACUAUAUUGUGGAGAAAGGCCAGAAUGAGCCAGCCUUGAAGGAUGAAAUCCUAGUCCAGUUAUUGUACCACACUUCGGACAAAAAGGAGGAAGAGGGCAGUCUGAGGGGAUGGUUUCUGCUUGCCUGCUGCCUGAGUGCCUUCACACCCUCACCAACACUGGAAAAAACACUGCUCAAGUAUGUAUCUGACCAUGGUCCAGCAGAGUACCGUUCAUUAUGCCAGCACAAGCUACUGACAUCUCUGCAGCUCCCAGCACCCACUGUCCGGAUCUAUCCACCCACACAACUGGAGUGGAUAACCAAUCAGAGGAAAGGAAAAAUGCUUGUGGAAGUCAAUACUUUCAAUGAUGAGGUAUUGACGUCUGAAGUGGAGUCAUGGACAACAGGAGAGCAGUUGGCCUCUUGGAUUCUUUAUUACAGAGGGGUGACUGAGGGUGUGCAAGGUUGGUCAGUGUCUCUUGCUACCGAAGAAGGGUGGUCAGACCUCGCAGGGUCAGACUUUGUAAUGGAUCUGCUGGCUGAAACUGAAGCUGAAGUACUACUAGCAGAGACGACCUCCUCCACAAAGUCUGACUACCUGUUUAGCAACCAUGGAGAGAGAAAUUUGUUUCCUGAUGUGGACGACUUCAUCCCACCCGCACCUUCCAUUCAAGCUCCAAAAUUUCCUCCCUUAGACCCCUUAGACGGAAACAUCUGGAGAAGAGAUUAUCCACAAGGAGGACAUAGCAGACAGUUGGAUUCCUAUGUUGAUGACUUGUUUGACCCUGUUCUAGACCAAGCACCUCCGGAAAUGGAAAAAGUUGCAAUGUUAAAUCGCAGGAUGAGAGGAGGAGGGGGGAUUGGACCUAUGCAGCCUGGGAUAUAUGGAAGUGGUAUGCCUAUGACAAUGCCAGCCUAUCCCAUGGUCAACCCUGCAAUUCCCAAUUAUGGUGCAGCUGCCAUGAUGCCAAAUAUGCCAGCCUUGAUGGUGCCUCAGACUCCUGCUGUGAGUGACCCUAUGCAGAUGGCAGCAACUCAGCAAGCUCUCAUCAACCAACAAGCCUUAUUAAUGGCCCAGCAGAUGACCCUGCAAGCAAUGACACUGUCUCAGCAGCAGACUGAAGAAAGGCAGAAAAAUGAACAGCGCAGGAAGAGUGACAAACAAAGAGAUGGGAAAGACAGACAGUUUAGACGCGGUUCAACACGACACUCCAAAGAACGGCAGCACUCACCUUCCUCUCCAAGUCCUUCACCCCCACCAUUUAGGCCAAAAGCAUCUGCACGUAAACAAGCCUCCAAGCAACCUGAAUCAGAGCAAGAGGAAAAGGUGAACCUGGCAGAUCCAGAUGACCUUAAAUCUUUCAGAGAAAAGAGGAAUUUCUUCCAACAGAUUGACAGUAAAUCCAAAGCGGAAAAUAGAACCUCAAAGCAACAAUCAACUUCUUCUGAUCCAUUGAGGCACAAUCAACAGAAACGUCCUUCACCAAGCCCAUCUCCCCCACCUGUACCACCAAAGCCUAAUGUUAGGCGUGCUUGCAGCCCACCAAAUGAGGAACCAGACCCUCCUAAAGAACUUACUCCCCUCACAAAACCCCGGCCUGAACCAACCUCCAAGAUCAGGGAAAUCAUUAAACAGUACAACAGUCGGCCACAACCAGAACCAAAACCAUUUGAGCCUAUAAGAUCUCCAGGUAAAACAUUUAUUAAGAAAAGUGACCCAAAACAGGAAGCUCUGGCUAAACUCAAAACUCAAGCACCGGUGCCACAUCCAAAGAGAUUAUCUCCUCCUCCACCACCUCCUCCUCCAAAGUCCCCUUUGCCACCACUCUCUCCCCCUCCCAGCAUGGGUCUCAGGGUUAUUUCUAAAAACAUGAGGUUGAAGCAGCGUCCACUGGAAGAGCUUUUUGGCUCCCAGCGUUUGCAGUAUUCUCCCUCUGUUCCUCAUGAAUCCUCACCACCUCCUCCAGAGCAAGCUCCUGUCUUUGUGAACAUACCAAAUCCUCCACCUAUGAAUGCUCCUUCUAUCUAUGCAAUGAUAGAUGAUGAGGGGAAUCAAUCCCAGCUUUACCGCUUCUCUGCUGGGGUUUACUUCUCUCACUUCAACCUCCUCGGAAAACUUUUCCUGCGAAAAGAAGUGUUUUAUCCAAGAGAACUGUUUAGCGACCCCUACCUCCUUAACCUAUUGUGUGAACAGAUCAUGAGAGACACCUACUCUGACAGCUGUGUGAGGAUUAAUAGUCAAGAAAGACGGAAAAUGAAAGACCUCCUUGCGCAUUUCAACGUGGGAACAAACACAAGCACCAUUCAGGAUGACAAUACGAAGAAGAGAAUUGUCAUUGCGGCUCGAGAUAACUGGAAAAACUAUUUUAGUCGUCUCUUCCCUGUGACGCCACACAAUGGAGAUGCUCAGAUUUUGGGCGUUUCUCAUCGAGGGAUUCGUCUAUUGAAAGUGGUGAAAGCAUCAGGCAUCAACCCUAAACAUCUCAGACUGCUCAAAGAUUACAGUUUUGCAGAGGUGCUGACUGUUGGCCUUCAAGGAGCAAGCAAAGUAAAACUGGAGCUAAAAACAGAAACUUUGGUGCUACAGUCAACCAGAGCUCCUCAAAUCACUGCCAUGAUUGAAGUUUUCCUCAAGGAACUUAUAAAGGACUCAGGCCAUGUGGUUGCUCUAAAGAGUUUUGUGACAGAUGACAAGGCUCUUCUAAGCUUCAACAAAGGGGAUAUCAUCAAACUGCAGUCGAUGGAAGUCCUCCAGACCGGUUGGAAAUUUGGCACCACUGGUGGGCGUUCUGGUCUUUUUCCACUGGACAUCAUCCAACCAUGUGCCGCCCCAGAUUACCACUGUCUUCACCUAGAUCGAAGAGAUGACAGGAGAAAAAGCAUGAGGAAUGUUAAGCCUGACAGUUCAUUCAAGGGCCCAUCUUCAGUUCCCACCAGCAGACCCAUACCCAACAAAAAUGCUGUGCAGUCCAGUCAGACCAUGACUCCCAUGUUGGUACAGGAAUCACUCCAGGGAUUAGUACAAAACUCACAACAAGGAUCUCACCAUGAAUUACAGAUCAUUUCUGGUAUGGCUGAGUUUGCUACCAAGUAUUUUAGACUGGGGACAACAGGUGUGCCAGUAACCGGAAGAAGUUUUCCAGAAGCAGUUCAACACACAGAGGUCCCUAUCCAGGAGUCCCUUAUUCUCUACAAUGAUUCUGAAAUCAACGAUUUGGCUGUUGAGUGCUUCAAGAUGCUGAUGCAGUUUAUGGGUGACAUACCAACACAGAAGAAUUCUACCCAAGUAGAUGUCCUUAAUCAUAUCCUGCUGUUAGGGAAGGAAAAAGAAAUACUUAGAGAUGAAAUCUACUGCCAGGUCAUCAAGCAAUCAACUAACAACCCUACCAGAUCAAGUUGCACCCUAAGCUGGCGGUUGCUUAACCUCAUAACUGGUUUUUUCCCAUGCUCUGAUAUCCUGCACCCAUACGUCUUGCACCACCUGCAAGAGAUCACUCAGGACAAUGAGCAUCCAUACCAAGAGCUGGCAUGUGUGUGUCAGGAUAACCUCCAACGGUCUUUCAUUUUGGGUGGUCGACGCAACAUUCCCUCACAUGUUGAGAUGGAGGCUGUUUUGGCUGGCAAAACAUCUCAACGUAUUCCUAUCCAGUUCCCAGGAGGAGCAGAGUGUCCUGUGAAAAUCCGCAGCUUCAGUGUGGCCAUGGAUGUGGUAACUGAGUUGUGUGGAAACAUGGAAAUACUAGAGUUCACAGAAGUCAAGGAGUUUUCCAUUUUCGCCAAAAGACUUCAAGAUGAGAUGGUGCGUCCCCUACAUCCUGAGGAGUAUUUGUUUGACUUCUUACUGGACAACGACUCCAUCUCAUUGUCAUUCAGGAGACUCCUCUGGGAAAAACCACUUUCCUUCAGGAAUGAGCUCUUUGUAGAUUUUCACUAUCAGCAGCUUCUAGAGGAAUACCUUAAUGGUAAGAUAAUUAUUCCUCAUUAUGCUGGAGGGACCUCAUCAACUCACCAGAUUGCAGAACUGGCAGCCCUGCAGCAUUUGGCUAACGGUUUAAAGAGCAAGCCAUCACUGCCGGAGCUUAAGGAGUUCCUGCUGUCACAAGAUGGGCUUGUCACUAAGGCUGAGGAGAUCCUGUUGUUGUGUCAUGACAAGUUAGUUAGCAUGCACUCUCUCAGUCCAGAUGAUGCCAAAAUACGAUUUAUUGAGUUUCUGAGCUCUCUCCCUUUUUUUGGCUCCAAUACUUUCUUGGCUCAGAAGGUUAGCCAACGUGGCUGUCCUUCCCCCUGCUUAGUCAGCCUUAACCAGGAGGGAGUUCUUUUCCUUCAUCCUAAAACACAGGAGCGAGUAUUUCUUAUUGCCCUGUCAGAAGUUCUGUCUAUGCGCACAAUCCGCCCUAAGAAAGCAGGCAAAAAUCCAGCAGUGGAAAUUCAAUUUGGGAAUGCUGUUAAACCCCAAAAAGUCCUGCUCCAUCUCAAGCAGGCUAAAGAAUUUUGCCACAUCCUUGCUCUGACAGCGGAAGAGCUGAUUCAACCAUCAGUCAGCAGUUGAGAAUCCAUUUACCAGUAAAUACCAUGUUGAGAUAACUGGCUUACAUUAGUGACAAUUCCAUUUAAUCCUUUUUGGUAAACAUAUUGUGUGUUUAAAUCAUUGUAUAAUGUUUUCGGUGCCUAAGAAGGCUUAAAAAGAAAUGUAUUUAAAUGUUGCAGAUUUAGAGUUAGAAGAGCUCAAAUGCAUCCUUGCAAAUCAAACACACCAAUCACAGAAAAGACCACAGAUUCUUAAAGGACACAUAACUCUGCAGUUUAUAGCUUGAAUUAAUCAAAGCUUUAUAUCAUCAGGUAAUUUCAAUGGGACAACCUGAAUGAAUAAUGGUUAGAAAAAUAAGUAAAAUCAAAGUAGAAAAUUAUAUUUAUAUAUAUAUCAUCUUUAUUGUCAUUGAAACAUACAUUACAAUGAAAUUUGUUCUCUGCUUUUAACCCAUC